GGUCCCUGAUUUCAAAGCAUAGGAAGUAUCGAAGCCAUUGUGGCUUCGUCGAUCUCCUCGAUGCCUCCGCUCUCAUCCCUCCCAUAGAUACACCCCAUUGCUCCCCGCUCCCUCUCCCUCUCCCUCUCCCUCUCUGCCAGCUCGUUCCUCCAGAUCUCGACCUCUCUCACCUCAUUCAAUGGCUUCUGGUUCUCUCCCAGGCUCUGCUUCUGCGGAUCUCCUCCGCAGCUCGCGCAAUGGUGUUGCGGGCGCGCCGCUUAGAUUGCUGGGGAGAUCGCCGAUGGUGAUGGUGCCAGGGAGGCGACGUGAUGUUUCUGUCAAAGUGGUGGCCAAGAUCCGGAAGGGGAAGAAGCAUGAGUAUCCCUGGCCUGAUGAGAUUGACCCCAAUUCCAAGGCUGGGCCUCUCAGCUAUCUCUCUCAUUUCAAGCCUCUCAAGGAGAAGCCGAAGCCUGUCACUCUUCCGUUUGAGAAACCUCUCAUGGAUCUCCAGAAGAAAAUUAUCGAUGUGAGAAAGAUGGCUGAUGAAACUGGUCUUGACUUCAGCGAUCAAAUUGUAUCUCUGGAGGGCAAGUAUCAGCAGGCCCUCAAAGAUCUUUAUACACACCUAACUCCUAUACAACGUCUGAGUAUUGCUCGCCAUCCUAAUAGGCCGACUUUUCUCGAUCAUGUGUUAAGCAUUACGGACAAGUGGGUUGAACUCCAUGGAGAUCGUGCUGGUUAUGAUGAUCCUGCCAUUGUGACUGGCAUUGGAAGCAUUGAAGGCAGAACCUACAUGUUCAUUGGCCAUCAGAAAGGUAGAAACACAAAGGAGAAUAUCCACCGUAACUUUGGGAUGCCUACUCCUCAUGGAUACCGGAAAGCUUUGCGCAUGAUGUAUUAUGCUGAUCAUCAUGGGUUCCCUAUCAUCACAUUCAUUGACACUCCAGGGGCUUUUGCAGAUCUCAAAUCAGAGGAGAUAGGUCAAGGUGAAGCAAUAGCUCAUAACCUCAGGUCUAUGUUUGGCCUGAAAGUUCCAAUAGUCACAGUUGUUAUUGGGGAAGGUGGAUCUGGUGGUGCCCUCGCAAUUGGAUGUGCUAAUAAAUUGUUGAUGAUGGAGAAUGCAGUCUUUUUUGUUGCCAGCCCAGAGGCAUGUGCUGCCAUCUUGUGGAAGAGUGCCAAAGCAGCCCCUAAGGCAGCUGAAAAAUUGAAGAUAACAGCCAAUGAGUUAUGCAGGCUGAAGAUUGCUGAUGGAAUCAUUCCGGAACCUCUUGGUGGAGCACAUACUGACCAUUCUUGGACCUCACAGCAGAUAAAGAUUGCAGUAAUGGGAGCAAUGGAUGAACUGCUGGAGAUGGACACACCGACAUUAUUGAAUCAUCGCAUGCUGAAGUUUCGUCAGCUUGGAGGUUUUCUAGAAAGUGACAAUGUAGAUCCUGCAAAGAAAGUAAAUAUGAAGAAGAAAGAUGAGCCAAUUGUUAAACUGGAUGAGCAGGCCUCAGUUUCAGAUGCUGACUUGGAGUUGGAGGUUGAAAAGCUGAGACAGCAAAUACAAAAAUCCAAGGAAGAUGCGUCAUUUCAGCCUCCCGAACUGAGUCUUAAUGAGAUGAUCGAGAAAUUGAAGAAGGAGGUGGAUCGGGAAUUCACUGAGGCUGCUAAAUCAAUGGGCUUACAUGAAAAGCUUGAGAUGCUCAGAACAGAGGUUGUGAAAGUGAGAAGUGAUUCCCAGGACCAACUCAUUGAUCCAAGUCUGACAGAGGAGAUUGAGAAAUUGAAGCAGGAGUUCAAACAAGGUCUAUCGGAGAGCCCAAAUUUUGCAAGUUUAGAGUAUAAGCUCAAUAUGCUUAAGGAGUUGUCCAAGGCACAAAAGAUCUCUGAGGGAAAUGAGAAGGCCAUCUCAAUGAAGGAGGAAAUCAAUAAAGCAUUUAAAGAGGUCAUGGACCAUCCUGAUGUAAAGGAGAAAAUGGACAAGCUCAGGGCAGAUAUUGCUGGUGCAGGAGUUUCGAAGGCAUCUGAGCUAGAUGAUGACCUGAAGGAGAACAUCUUGAUGGUAAAGAAGGAAAUUGAAUCUGAAAUGGCUAAUGCACUAAACUCCUUGCAAUUGAAGGUUGAGCUUGUGGCCCCAAAGAGAGGUGCAGCUAUUGCAAAGAGCCUUCUUGAUCAACCGAUGUAUGCCCCUUUGAGAGAUGAGAUUGACGAACUAAAUGGUGAAAUAGAUGAGCGCAUGCAACAAGUAAUCAACUCAACUGAUCUGAAAAACAAGAUAGAGUUGCUGAAACUGGAAGUGACAAGGGCAGGAAAAUCACCUGAUCAGAAAACAAAAGCCAAAAUUGAUGAAAUGAAGCAGCAGAUUAAACAAAGUCUCAUGGCUGGCGUUAGCACACCAUCAUUGCUGAACAAGUAUGAGAAAGUGACACAGGAGAUUGCCAGUGCCAAAUUAUCUUCCUCAGCCGGGUCUGAGCAAAGCUCUUCAACAAAUGGAGGGUUGAAGCAGAAUACUCUCAAAGGAGGAUCUGCGGUCGAGGCCAAUGUUGGCGCAACAAACAUUGAUUAAUCACAGUUAGUGUAGUAGGUCGGCUGAUAAUUUAUUCCAAACGCUUCAGGUCACAAAAGCUAAUUUCGUCUCCAGAAUAUGACAGAUGAUCUACAAAGAGAGGAAGUCAAAAACAAGGAUUUGUAGUCAGCGUCAUGCUGCUGCUGUUCUCUUAAUUAGGUCAACUACUUUUUUGGGUGUUUAAUUCAUAAGUGCACUAGCUUGUAAGCUUUUCAUUAAUCACCCAAAACUCUAGUUUGGUUUCCUUUUUUCUUUUUCUUUUUUUUUCUUUUUUGACAUUUUUCAAUGUUUGUGAGUUAAAUGCAAACAGAAAGCAUCUAAUUUUUGCGUGCUUAAUAAAAGUGCAAUGCUUGCUGCCAA